UUAGCAAUGCCGUAAACGACACGCCCAGUCGCAAAGCUGGACGGUGACGUUUGCAAAUCUGAUGUUUGUGCUUUGUGGCUGUUGUUGGAAACGCCAUACUAUCAAACAACGAAACACAAGCUUAAUUCAGAAGAAUUGUCGACGUUAGGAUAUUAAAAAGACAAACUGCGAAUGAUUGUUUCGGAUUAACGCUUACUGGCUUCAAACCUGCUACCUGGAGGCCUGUUGUGAGAGGAAAUCCCCGGACUGAACUGCGACUCCAGGCCGGUUUGAGAGGACAUGCCACCGGAGAGAAAGCUGUUCAUAGCUCGCCUUUCUUUGCGUAUUUUACCCAUAAAACUAACGGCAAGUGCCUGAACUAAGACAUGAAACUGUCUAACUGACAUGAAAGGGUGUUAAUUUAGAUCGAGGAGGUGAGGUUUAUUGAGUGUUAGCAGACAGUAACUUACUUAUAAACAGGUAACAGGUAGAGUAACUCUUAUAGAAACGCGUAAGUGAUUAAUUAUAUAUUAACAACUCGCAAACAGAAAGACCUGAGCAGGUAGAUGUAUAGAUGUACAAAAUAAUGUUUUGUCAGCAAGGUUACUUUCUUAUUUGGCAAGAAAGUUACCUUGACUAAAGCUUUAUAUUCCAAAGUAAUUUGUAUAUAUACUGGAAGAUUUAAUUAUUAUUUGUAUUAUUUACUCGGUAACAAUUUUAUUUAAACCAAACAGUUUUUUGUAUAUUUCGAGAGCCGUUAAGAUCUGCUUAUCUCGCCACAAGUGUUACAAUCACCUGUAAGACCAGUGUGAGGUAAUACAGUUUUUUCUUUCUUUCCACAAUCCUAAGAUAAGAUACCAUCCCAAAGUUGCUUAUGUUGCAGAACCUCUGUUGAUGAGGUCACACUGCUUACAUGUUGGUGUCUGGGUGUCAUCUCCUGGUCGUGUCCCUCAUAUUUGACACAAACUGCUGAUUUCAGAGGCUUGCCAUUUCUGGAGCGUUUACAGCUGAGGACUCGAAUCCAUAAGGAUGAACCGUUACCUUCCAGUGGCACGCCAGCACUUUCUGAGUGCACUCGCGAGCACGAGUGUAGUGGUCAAGUCCAUAUGUGCUACAGUGAUCCUGCUGUACCUGCUCUCUUGGGCUGCUAACACCCCUUACAUACUUGGUGUCACACCUGGCUUCCUUUUCCCACCAAACUUCUGGAUUUGGACGCUUCUGACCCAUGCCGUGGUGGAGCAAUACAUUGUUGGCAUGGCGGUGAACAUUGCUACUGUGAUGGUUGCUGGACGACUUUUGGAGCCAUUAUGGGGAGCACUGGAGCUCCUGAUCUUCUUCGCUGUGGUAAACGUAGCAGCUGGUCUCCUAUCCGCUCUGUCUUAUCUUCUCACCUAUGCUGCGACCUUUGAUCUGGACUACCUGUUUGCCGUACGGGUGUAUGGCACGCCCGCUUUUCUGGGGGGUGUUCUUGUAGCACUGAAGCAGACUGCUGGAGAUACCACAGUGCUUCGAGUUCCUCAAGUACGCCUGAAAGCCGCCCCGGCACUAGCUUUGCUAGCAAUAGCCAUCCUGCGGCUAGCAGGGCUGCUGGACACUUCAGCUCCGCUAGCAGCAUGCGGUUAUGGUGCUCUGUCCGGGUGGGUUUACCUGCGCUUCUACCAGAGGCACCCUAGGGGGCGUGGAGACAUGUCAGACCACUUUGCCUUCGCCUCGUUCUUCCCAGAGGCGCUCCAGCCGGCAGUUGGCUUUGCAGCUGGGCUUGUGCACGCUGCCCUUGUGAAGAUGAAAGUUUGCCGUAAGAUGGUGAAGCGGUAUGAUGUCGGGGCUCCAUCCUCCAUCACCAUCAGCCUACCAGGCACAGACCCACAAGAUGCAGAAAGACGGAGGCAACUGGCAUUGAAAGCUCUAAAUGAGCGUCUGAAGCGCGUGGAAGACCAGUCGGUGUGGCCCAGCAUGGAAGAUGAGGAGGAUGAUGAAGAUGAGGAGGUGCGAACAGACACCCCUCUCCUUUCAAGCCGAGAGACUUUGCCACCAGCACCAAGCACCACACAAAAUCCUACAGGACAACAGGAGUCCAGCAUCAUAAGUUUUGAAGAUGCUUCGACCCAUUCAUAACACAAACAGUCCCGCAGAGUUCACUUUACCCUUACAAUCACAAAUGCUAAUGGAGACAUCUCACACACACACACACUAUCUUGGUUAUGUUUUACAAACACCACCGAGGAGUUGCCACUAAAUGAAUACAUUACCCAAACAAAAUGACAAAGACGUCCAUACUCAGUUUUUCAGCUCUACAAAAACUCCCUGACUAGCCUGUCAUAACAUUUGCAGUGCUCCAGUACUUUUGCUUUGUAUAAACAUUAUCUUCUCUCCCACUGGCCUCCUGUGUAAGGUUUUUUGGGAAGUACCAUUUCUGAAUAAAUGCUCUAAUGGUUGAUGGGAUUCAGUUUUUUUAAUGUAUGGAAGAUUCAAAUGUUCAUGGGUUGCCUCUAUUUUUUUUUUUUUUUUGGCCUUGUAUCAGGAAAAAAGGCAAGAGUCCUGAGAUUUAUUGAGCAGACGAUGGGAUUUUUUUGCCAUUUAUUGAUGUAACAGCAUCAAAAGAAUGUUUGGACCAUCAAGGGUGGUUUUGAUAAAGAUUAAAAAUGUUUAUGCAAAAUUUGGGACUUUUCAAAGAACGUGUGAUCUCUAAUAAAAGGUUCUGCUCUCAUUGAUGAUGUGACCCUUUGAUAGGCCCUUUUUUUUUGUCAUUGUGAUUUCAUAGGUGGAGGAAUAGCAGGGAGAGUGUUUAAUACAGUCAUUUCAAAGAUAUUUUUGGUCAGAAUAGUUUGAAAUGAUAAUAGCAAUACAGAAUCUGAUUCUGUCCCGUUGUACCCUUAUUUCCCAUCUGUGCUUAAUGAUCUGUCUUUAUGUGUUGGCUUUGAUAAGAGUGUUGCACUCUAAAUUAUGAGCGUGCAUAAUGGACCUGUUUUUAUAAAACACAGAUUGUCUACACAAUGUGACUAGAGUUUCAUAUAAUGCAUAUUAUUCUCUGGAGAAACCUGAUUUUUAAGAUUUUUGUUUAGGAUUCCUGAAUUUCUCACUAUUUUUAACCUUUUUUUUUCUUUUGCAGUUUUUAAUCAUAAUUGUUUGUCCGUUUUCUCGUGGUUCCUAGUGUUAGACCUUGAUGCUUCUCUCACAGUCUUAUUCUCUAAUUCAGGUUUCAACCCAGUUUUUGCUCUUUCCAUCUGUAAUAAAAACUGAAUGAAGAGCA